AUGAAAGCAAUUAAAGGUGGUUUAGACAAUAUCAGUAGCGACUUUCGUAGAAACUUAAACGCUGUUAAUCCACAUUUGGGCAAUCCACACCUGAGCAAGUUGCUCACCGCCGAAAAAACCAUUUGGAAUAGUCUGAGCACUUGGUCUUAUGAACAUAAUGAGACAUCAAAGUACUUGGCAGCAUGGGGGAAAAGUGAAGGAAUCGACUUGAAUGAUGUCACGGAGAAACUUUCUUACUUGUUUGCGAAAAUGGCUGAGGCUGAAGGAGCACUUGCCGACAAGUACACUCAAUAUCGUACACACCUAAAAGAUAUUCGUGCGCAAGAAUCCACGAUAAAAGACCAACGUUUCAAAAAAGAAUCUUAUUGGUCGAAAAUCGAGAAGGAAGAGCGUCGUGCUAGUACUUCAAAACAUCCGGAAGCGAGUCAAGCGAUAAUUGCAAAAUAUCAUGAGGAAAUUGAGAAAUUGGAGAAAGAGUCGAUUGUCGAAGAAACUGCGUUAGGAGAUUUUAAACGCGAAAAAUUACGCGAGGCGCUAUUGGUGCAGAUGGAGGCGUUACAUGAUUUUUCAACGAAAAUGCUCAUAUUGUCAAAUUUUAGCAAAGAAAUCAUCGAGCAGAUUCCAUUGGAAAAGAUAGAACCAGGAGAACAAAGAACUUAUCAUGAUACAAAAACACAUUCUCAUGGACUUGCAGUUCCAUCGAUAGGCAACAAUAACGAUGACGAUGAAAUUGAAGGAUCUAUCCAAGAUUUUAAAGAUAUCUCAGAGCAAAGUUCUCCGAUUUUAGAAGGUGAUUCAUCAAACGAAGCAGAUCAAAGUGAUCUUGAUCAAACCGAUGUUACAGACGUAGAAGGGGAAAAAAGACUGGAAUUUACUGCAUUUUCUCCUAAACACCCGAAUGUACCAGCAGAAACUGAUCGAAACUUAUCAGCGAUACAACAAAUUCAUUAUAAUGCACCGCAAAUAGAAUCGGUGUCUUCAGUGAAUUUAGUCCCUCAAACUGCCGAAAUUAGAGAUGUACUAUCAUCUGAAUCAAUAACGACUCCACGAUUGGAUACUACUAUUGAAAACAUAAUAAAUUCACCUGAUAAUAACGCCAAUGAAACAAAUGCAAUGUCAAAAACUACCGUAAACGUUGCUAUUAUACCUCCAGAUUCUACACCGACUGAUAAUAAUACGAUACAACAGACAUCUUCUUCAUCCAAUUCUAUAACAUUAACAAAUCAAUUGGAAGAUGAAAAUCACCGUGAUAGAAUCGCUCCGCCACAAAAAAUCACCAACAAUGAAAUGAAACAUGUACAAUUGAAUGAUAUAGAAAAUGAAUUACCAUAA